AUGCCAUCUUCCACCCCCACUGGUGGAGCCACUCCUGAUGCUCUUGAAUCCGAUCUCCUGACGAAACUCUCCGCUACAAGUUCGCUUGAAGAUUUGCAAGAGUCAUUACUUGGCUCAUUAAACCGCUGUGGUUGGACUGAGCGGAUCACCGGCCUCGCCACCGAACUCCUCCGCGCCGGCCGCUGUGAGACCUUUGACGAUGUGAUGGACGCCGUCAUUGCCUCUGCUGAGGGGAGAUCACAUCCCGCACUUGGUUCUAAACACUCUGCUGAACAGAAUGGUGUCUCGGCGAACGGUACCAAAGACAAAAGCAAUGGUACCAAGAAAGGCAAAUCAACCGGGGCCAACAAUCCAGACGGCCCUUACGACCCUGCCAAAUACAUUGAAGAUGUUGAUGUACGGAUACCUGAGGCCGUGGUCGACGAGGGUGUCCGUGGAUUGAAGGACAUCCUCCGUGAAAUGGUUGACCUUGAGGACGAGGAGAAGUCCUAA